CAUCGUGAAAUCUUUCUGAUUUUUCGAUCAAAACUAUACCUUUUACUUUUGAAUCGAAUUUUGGAUCAUAUGCUCCAGGUGCAGGAACAUCAUCUAUAAAAAUUUUCAAUAAUAUUGCAAUUAGAAAUGCACGAAAAUUUAAAAAUAUCAAAAUACAUAUCUCGAAAAUUAUAUUUCGGGAUUCAAUAAUGGCGGGAUUCUUUAGAAUUUCAAGAGUUCAAAUCACAUUUCCGUGAUAUAAAUGCAUCAGAGUCUAAUUUAGUACAAGAGUAAAAUUUAAAAGUUUUAAAAUGCAACAGUAUGUGGACACAUUAUAUAAACUAUACAAUAAUCGCGCUUAUGUGGAAAUAGGACGGCAGUACCGUUGUUUGAUACAGAUUAACUGUAAAUCUUUGUUCUGAGUGUGGAUCAGUUAUAUAUACGAAAUUUUAAUAAAAAUAAAUUCAAAAUGAACAUAAAUUUUAUACGUAUUAUAUUUACUUGUAUUGCUUUAUUAACUGGUAUUAUUGGAUUGUUAUUGAAUUAUGUGGAAUGUUACCUGCCUACUUUAAUUAUUCGUACUUAUCGUUAUGGUAAAUAUUCUACAAAAGUGUAUCAACCAUUAGUUGCAAAAAUAGAAGUACCUAAAGGGUGGUUUAAACAUUUCUACGCCUUUGCUGCGCCAGCUUCUAGUUGUGUGUUAUAUUUAGUUAUUUGCAAAUAUUUCCAGAAUAUUGAUGUCCCCAAAAAUCUAAUAUGGAUGCUGAACAUAUGCUUAGGACCCCAUAGAAAACCAUUAGUAUCAGCAGAAAGUACAUUUAUUGCUGCUUUACUUAUAACUUUUCAUUGUUGGAAACGAUUUUAUGAAUCUCAUUUUGUAAAUAUUUUUAGUAACAAGAAGAUGAAUAUUUCUCAUUAUGCAAUUGGAUUUUUUCAUUACAUAGGAACUUUAAUAUGCAUUAUUGGCGAAUCUGAGGGCUUUUUUGAAGAUAUGAACGUAACUUUUUCUUGGAGAAGAACCACAUAUCCUCAGCUAAUAUGUGCAAUGAUUUUCUUAAUAUCCUCGUAUACUCAACUUAAAACCAAUUUUAUUCUCAGAAACUUACGAAAGGAUAAAAAUAAUGAAAUUAAUACUACAAUAUAUAAAAUACCACAUGGUGGCCUUUUUGAAUAUGUAUCAGGUGCAUUACAAAUUACAGAAAUAAUUAUUUAUUUGACAAUGUCUAUAAUACUAUGGCAGAGUUCUACAUUUCAUUUUAUUACAAUUUGGGUCUUGGUAAAUCAGGUAUCGACUGCAGUGUUAACACAUAAGUGGUAUAUACAAACAUUUCAGAAUUAUCCAAAAUGCCGUAAAAUUCUGAUUCCUUAUCUAUUAUAAAUAUAGUAAACAAAGUCUCAGUAUAUUUUAAUAAAAGUAUACAUGAUUAAGACCAUUUUUAUAAGCAUCAUUCUAUAAGUAUUGUUGUUAUGAAUGAUAUCAAUAAUUACACAAUAUGAAUUAUAUUAAUAAUUAAUUAAUGUCACACUUGUUAAUGUAAGCAUUGUUUUCAGCUUUAAUAUGGAAUAAUUAUU